AUGUCAAACCUUUUGAAGCACCCGGUGGUAGACCUCCAUCGCCAAAUAUGUCAAGUUGAAUCGAUUACAGGGAACGAGAGGCCUGUUGCGGAAGUGCUUGUGUCUUAUUUGGAACAGAAAGGAUUCACAGUCGAAAAACAGCCUGUUCCAUCUACUUAUCCAGACGAGCGAUACAACGUUCUUGCCUAUAUGGGGGAAACAAGAGACACAAAGAUCUGUCUUUCAAGCCAUAUCGAUGUGGUUCCACCAUACUGGCCAUACGAGCUAGUCAAAAACAACACUGAAAUUCGCGGUAGGGGCGUGGUAGAUGCAAAGGCGUGCGUUGCCGCGCAAAUUGUUGCCGCGGAAGAGUUGUGGGCCGCCUCGUUGAUCAAGCCCGGCGAUAUAUCGUUACUAUUUGUCGUGGGAGAAGAGACCGAAGGCGAUGGCAUGAUCCAUGCAAACAAGCUUGGGUUGAGCUGGGAUGCUGUGAUAUUUGGUGAGCCGACCGAAGGGACUCUACCGAAGGGACAUAAGGGAGUGCUUAAUAUGCGCUUAACAGCCAUCGGGAAGGCCGCUCACUCGGGCUAUCCUGCACUAGGAGAGUCAGCAAUUGACAAGUUGCUCUCUGGUCUAAACGAGCUACGCCAGUUACAGCUCCCUUCAAGCGGUCGAUUCGGAGAGACGACUAUGAACAUAGGUCGCAUUAAUGGUGGUGUUGCUCCCAACGUCAUUUCUUUCUCGGCAGAGGCUGAGAUUAUGUUUCGAGUUGCUGGAACCACGAUUGAUGGGCUGAAAACUAUGAUAGAGGAUGCUUUGAAUAAGUGUGGUAAUCCUUGUACUUUCACGUACGGACCGGAUGCUUGUGAGCCCGUUCAAAUCGAGUGCGACGUGCCCGGCUUUGACACGAUGGUUGUCAGCUAUGGGACUGACAUUCCCAAUCUUAAUGGGAAUCAUAAAAAUUAUCUAUAUGGGCCAGGCUCCAUUCAUGUCGCUCAUACUGAGGAGGAAUCACUGAAGGUGGCAGACUUGGUGACUGCUGUCACGGCUUAUCGGACACUGGCAUUGCACGCUCUGAAGAAUUAG